AUGAGUUCUUCAGCACAACACAAAAGCCGCAUUCAAUCAUUGAACCCACGCAAGCCUCUACCCCAGCAACAGCAGUUAAAGGAACAGUAUCGACCUGUAUCUUCUCAGGAACAAGUGGACCGUAUGACCCCUUGGAAAGUCAAUAUACCAACAUCCUUAGCCAACGAGAUGGGCUUGACGAGAGGAUCUGUUGCUGUAACAGAGGCUGGGUUGCGGCCGUUACAGACGAAUAAUCGAAAGCCUAUGACCAGCUCACAGAAAGAGAAAUUGAAGCCAUUGCAACAAGUGAUAGAGAGCAAUCCUAUAGAUCCUGUGAAUCAGUUUCCACUAGCACCUCUUGCCACAACAGAGCCAAAUCAGCAUGACAAGAAAAAGCCAAACAAGAGAACAGCACCGUACAAGCUAGUUGAGGACAAGGAUGUCCCACCGAUCAUCAAAGAUUUUAAACGAAAAGUGCAGUACAAAAAGAUGGAGUGUUUGGGAUUUGGUGCGUUUGGAAGAGUGUAUCGUGUGCAAAGCUUUCAUGAUGGAAAACAUUGGGCUGCCAAAGUCAUUGCCAAAUCAUCUAUCGUUGAUAAAAGCACCAAGAAGAAGCUGUUGGCAGAGAUCAACAUUCAUCGAAGUCUGAAGCAUAGCAAUAUCGUUCGGUUUUACAACGUCACGCUAAGCACCAUGCUCAGACGAAGAGGAGGCACGUUGACCGAGCCAGAGACUAGAUACUACAUGGGCCAGAUAUUGACUGCACUUCGAUACAUGUCUGAUAAUCGUAUCCUUCACAGAGAUCUCAAAUUGAGUAAUGUGCUCUUGGAUAGAAAUAUGGAUUGUAAACUGGGUGAUUUUGGUCUUGCUGCUCUUUUGCGACCACACGAAGAUCGUAAAAGAACCGUCUGUGGCACACUACACUAUAUCGCACCCGAGAUCUUGUUUCACAAAGAAGUGGAUGGACAUAACCAUAGAGUAGAUAUGUGGUCCGCUGGCGUACUCAUGUACAAUCUACUGUUUGGCAAACACCCUUUCCCAAAGAAUGAACCUAGAGAAUUGCGCGAACAAGUGAGACAGAAUCAGCAUCAACAAGGAUUCAAGUUUCCAGUGGACAGUUUUGUGAUUUCAUCUCAAGCCAAGCAUUUGAUUUCCAGUCUUCUCGUCAAUGAUCCAGAUCAACGUUUAACAGUGAUUGAGGCCUUGAAGCAUCCCUUCUUCUCCAUGGCAAUGCCCAUCCAAAUCCCAAAGAGUGCUCUCGAAACAAUACCUACCAACCAAGCAUUGUUUGGCACCCCAGAUACCCAGUUUUUAAGCAUGCCUUCUACCUCUAAAGUCACUGUAGCGAUUCAAGAUGCAAAAGAUACGAACAAGUGCUACGAAGAUACAGAUAUUCAGCCUCCUUUAAAAAUCAUGGGCGAAACCAUUAUCGACCACCGAUCUCAAUACCCUCUUCCAAAUUCACAAAAGUCUGGCAUGGCCAUGUUAUCAUCGCAGCCCGUUGCUGUUCCAGCGGUACCCAGUGUCCAAGAAACGCUAUCCACGUCCACUGCAUCAAAGAAACGUACUGCUAGUAUUCAUAUGCAUCACCAUGGCGGUAGUGGCAGCCCACCAAAUACACCUGUGCCUCCCAAACGAUUAUGCAGCGAUGGUGAUAUCAAACCUGCUAUCUCUGCACCGGUGGCAACAGCCUUGACUGCCUCUACUCCCACCACUCAUACAGCAACAAGAAAAGCACUGCUCAAUACCAACGCCCCUUCUCCUUCUUCAUCGCUGGCCCUCAAGCUUGAAACGACACAGAUCAGCCAGAAAAAGCCACUGCUUACUUGUCAGAAAACGAUAGACCUUGUUUCGAUCAACUCACAAGGAUCUCAAUCUCUAAAGCCAGCAACACCCAUAUCAGUGUAUUCCACACAAGAAACUCAAUCAAAACGAUUAAAACCACCCAUCUCUCUUAACUCUUCACAACAAUCUGCAAAGUACGAUAGUCAAGGUUUUGCCAUACCAACCGCAUUACCUAAUCGACGUCCUAUGAUGGAGCAGAUGGAAGAUAAUAUAAAGGUCAUGAUUGGUAGAAGCGAGUCAGUGCAGAUGGAGAAUCGUACCAAAGCGCAUCAAUGCCCCGAUUUUCAAUGGUCUAUUAGCAAUUUAUUCAUAGAGACAUGGGUUGAUUGUUCGAAACACUAUGGUUUUGCCUAUCGUUUGUCGGAUGGUACACUAGGAUUUCUGUAUAACGAUGGUUCAGUGCUCACAUGUUGUGAUGGCAGUGCAUAUUAUUAUGUGUCGUACCGCGCUGAAGACGAUCGCUAUGUAGAGCAAAUCUAUACACAUGUGCCGCACGAAUUAGAAAAAAAAGCCAGCCUGUUACAAAAGUUUGGACUGUAUGAGGAGAAAGAACUCAAGCAUGACCAGUCCAUUCCAAAAACAAAGCAACUGAAUAAGGUUUAUCUUUUGAAAUACUACGUGAGCGAAGAAGCCAUCACAUUCAGACUGAGUAAUGGUGCGAUUCAGCUCAACUUUUUCAAGCACUAUAAACUGAUUUUGUACGAUGCAGGCAAAAAAGUGAUGUUUAUUGAUUCAGAACGAAAGCUGACACGAUAUAACACUUACGACGUCUUGUGUUCAACAAAUACUGAAAUAAUUGACGCCAUUCAGUAUGCUUUCUCUAUUCUGCAAUUACAAAAUAGCCGUCGACAAAAAGCGUUGCAGGAAGAAAGAUGGAAACGAUUUGAGAAAGACUAG